AUGCCGGAGCAAGAAGAGCAAGAAGAGGCUCAACAUGCUACGGUCUCCCUGCAGUCAUGGUCCGCGUCAACGCUUCAAUCCCUAAACGCUCUCUCCAAGUCGCUAGCCACCACACCCCGAAAUCAAGCAGGGCAAGAGCUCAUCUUCUCCGCGUUGCUCAGGCAUGACCUGCAAUCUACUUUGUGGCAUCUGACCAGCUACACCGCAACGCAAAACGAGUCGGCCGUGCUGCUUUGUCAGGCCCUCAUGCAAGCCUUCGCAAAUUGCAUCACCAACAAUGAGUCGACGGCCGAGCUCCUGUGGCGGCGCAUGGGACUCGACUCCCCGGAGGUAGAAGGACCCUCAAAGCUGCGCGAAGUUGGUUUCGUGGAAUUGUUCAUGCGAGUCACACGAGACGAGACGAGUCAAUGCGGAACUCCGCGUUGGAUCCCCUGCGCGAACCGCUGCUCAUUCCUCUCAAUGCCCAAUCACACAGCCGUCUGCUCGAAUUACAAAGCAAGGGUCUACGGGCUAGCAUUGACUCAGCAGGGCUGCGCACUGCUUGGGACAGUCCUUCGCAAUGCAGCCGCUGACCUGCAGGCAGACGCUCAGCCUGAGACGAGCCCCUCGGAUCUGCCAGACAGUAUCGCGAUAGCCUACGAACUGUUCAGCAUCAUCUUCUCUAGCGGACUGUGUGGACGACUUCUCAAAGGUUUCCAGACGACCUCUUCGACUCGCGCACCGACGGCCAACGAGCUGGAGGAAGAGGAUCCGCCUUUAAACGCACGACAAGUAGCGCUGUUGCAAAUGUUUGAUGCGUACUUGGUCCAUGGCAGUUCGAGUGGCGCUUGCUCGGAUUCAUCACCCGACUCUCAGUCGGUCGAAUCGGCGUCCGACGAUGCUGUACAAGAUUCACAGUCCGAUCUUGUCUAUCUGGUCAGCAGCUUCGCAACCCUCUCGGCCUACACCGUCGGACUAAUGCGUCGCCUGUCGGACCCCGCUGAGAGUGUGUCAGCACAAGACGAGGCCAUUAGUCGUGGCGACCGUUUCCAAGACAAGUCUAGCCAGAUUCUCGAAACAGUCUCGAAGGAGGAAAGCGUGCGAACCGUCGUUGAGCUGCUGCACUCGACGUCCAAAUUCAGUCCCGCAAUCUCGCCAUUUCAGAACAUCGUCGCUAGCAACCAUUCGGUGGCAUCAGCACCCGAGGGUCACGUGCUGACCUCGACGGGCCAAAGUCGUUCAACCUUUGUCGAGCAGACCGAGCAGGCGGAUCGAGGAGGAGGAGGAGGAGGAGGAGGAGGAUUACAAAAUUUGAAAAGAGACCUCGUGCGCUUGCUGGGCGUCAUGAGUUUUGUUGAACCUGCUUCUAGCGCGUCUGCACGGAAGACUGAGCAGGAUCGGACAGCGCGAGAAGCCCGCUUGUCGAGGGUGAAGAGGGUGCAGGAUGCGGUCAGAGAGAGCGGCGGACUACUAGAUGUGCUCAAUAUGACUCAAUUGGACGAGAACAAUCCUUGGCAACCAGGCUUCGCAAGCCCUCAUCGACCAGCUUCGGCCGCUGAGCCCUUCACGGUAGCGGUGCUGCGCUUUUCAAAGCAAUUCAAACUUUCGAUGCAUCAUGGAUCGCACAAGUAGAGGCGCGCCUCGAGUUGUCCUUUGCUCGCUCGAGCAAAUCAUGAUGUCUGCGAAACAAAUGUCAACUUCAUCAUUGUGCCUACCCAUGCUGCUGCACGCAUCUCCCCUCGUCCCGGACCUCAGAGCGUCUUGCUUUUUCUUCUGGCCGAGUUCUUUUCUUUGCGCGACUCGGGACUAUGGAUAUCGUAACGCGGUGUAUAGAAAGGCGCUCGUCUUGCGUGGGGCGCGCGGCAAGGUGAUGUCGUCAAAGACCCGAAAAAAGGAGGUCGACUGACUAGAAGCGACGAUCGGGUGCUAGAAUGUCAGCUGCACACCUUUUUUUUUUGG